CCCGGCGGCCUGUGAGCCCGGAGCCGGCAUGGACCCUGAGAGCUGCGCGCCCUUCUCCGUGGGGCCGGCAGCCGGUCCCUAUGCGGCCCCAGGGGACGAACCUCCAGGCCCCCAGGGGACUCCCGACGCAGCGCCUCACCUGCACCCCGCACCACCCCGAGGCCAGCGGCUUAGCCGCUUCCCGGCCUGCGGGCCCUUGGAACCCUACCUCCCAGAGCCCGCCAAGCCGCCCGCCAAGUACCUGCAGGACCUCGGGCCGGGCCCGGUGCUCAACGGCGGCCACUUCUACGAGGGCCCCGCGGAAGCUGAAGAGAAGGCCUCCAAAGUUGCCAGCUUCCCCCAGCUGCCCGUGGACUGCCGAGGAGGUCCCAGAGACGGGCCCUCUAACGUGCAAGGGUCCCCAGGUCCCUGCCUGGCCAGCCUUCGCGUCCCUCUUUCUCCCGGACUUCCUGACUCCAUGGAGUUGGCCAAGAGCAAGAGCAAGAAGCGCCGGAAUCGUACGACCUUCAGCACAUUCCAGCUGGAAGAACUGGAGAAAGUCUUCCAGAAAACCCACUACCCCGAUGUGUAUGCCCGGGAGCAGCUGGCUUUACGUACGGACCUGACGGAGGCUCGGGUACAGGUCUGGUUCCAGAACCGCAGAGCCAAGUGGCGGAAGCGGGAGCGUUAUGGGAAGAUGCAGGAGGGGCGGAAUCCUUUCACCACUGCCUAUGACAUCUCUGUGCUGCCCCGAACUGACAGUCAUCCUCAGCUGCAGAACUCCCUGUGGCCCAGUCCAGGGUCUGGGAGCCCAGGGGGACCCUGCCUCAUGUCUCCAGAGGGCAUCCCCUCUCCAUGCAUGUCCCCAUACUCCCACUCCCAUGGAAAUGUGGCUGGCUUCAUGGGGGUGCCAGCCUCCCCUGCAGCCCACCCCGGCAUCUAUUCCCUCCAUGGCUUUCCUCCUGCCCUGGGAGGACAUAGCUUUGAGCCCUCUCCGGAUGGUGACUACAAGUCUCCAAGCCUUGUCUCGCUCAGGGUGAAGCCCAAAGAGUCCCCCAGCCUGCUGAACUGGACCACGUGAUGGCUUGCACGGACACAGACUGAGCUGCUCCUCUUCCUGCUCUCACCUGCUCCUUGCCCAUCUCCACCUGAACACCAGACAGCAAACCCUUCUGCCUCCGUAUCAUGGGUGGUUCCAGAAGCUUGGGAAAGAAUCUGGGACCCUCAGCCUCCUUCAGGGAACAGGCUACAGGGUCUUAUCUCUUAGAAUAGAUGGGACGACUUGAAGAGACUUCAACGCAUGCAGGACUCUGCCUUAUAAACUGGGUCCCCUCAUUCAAAUUGGGCGAGAGGAAAGGUGACAGACGCUGCCCUUUUCCUCAAGACUGUUUCUAAUCCGGGGAGCCGGUCCAGGAAGAUGGAAGGAGGAGGUAGACUGAAGCAGGGAGGUGCUCUCUGUGGCACUUAGGGUUGGCCACCAGGGGACAUCCGCUCAGCGCCUGGAGCUGACAUGUGACCAAAAGGCUAUAGUCAGUUUGAUAAAAGGUGGGGGUCUCCUCUGCCCCAAGCACCCCUCACAUCUUUCUACCCUCAGCCCAGUCUACCAACAUACUUGGAGUCAUUUUCUCCAAGAGGCAGGGAAGAAAUUCCACCAAACAUUAAAUAUUUGGAUUUGUUUUCAUGGAAUCAGGUCAGGACUAUGCCAUAGAAACCAGAUUGGAUGUUGAUCAAAAUAAAACAGAUUUUUCCAG